CACACACACACACACACACGCACAUACACAUAGACACACGUACACACAUCAAGCAGAUAUAAAAACAGCUGAAACUACUGUUCUCAUUGCUUAGCCUACUCACUACCUCCAAACCCUAAUCGACCCUCUUAACACACGCUCUUACUGAACAAACACACACGCGCACACUACGCACCAAAAUGCCAGCAGACUACAAUGGAACAUGGGAGAUGGUGAAGAAUGAGAACUUUGACGAUGUCAUGAAGGCCCUUGACAUUGACUUCGCCACACGAAAGAUUGCCAAGCACCUUUCUCAGACCAAAGUCAUUGUGCAAAAUGGGGACAAAUUUGAGACCAAAACUCUCAGCACGUUCAGGAACUAUGAAGUCAACUUCACAGUGGGUGAGGAGUUUGAGGAGCAUACCAAAGGCCUGGACAAUCGAGUGGUGAGGACACUGGUGACGUGGGACGGUGAUAAGCUGGUGUGUGUGCAGAAGGGAGAGAAGGCCAAUCGUGGUUGGAUACACUGGAUCGAGGGUGACCUGCUCUACCUGGACAUCACUUGCGAGGACAAAAUCUGCCAUCAAGUGUUUAAGAAGAAGCAGUAACACGCUGAAGACUGCAGAGUUUGGGCUGUGUUGUUCUUGGUUCAGUUAUAACCUGUCUGUAUUUGCCAUUCCCCUGUAUAUAGUUUUCUAUAUCCACAUAUACACAUAAAUACACAUGCUUACAUAUACAGUACAUAUGGGUUGCGUAUAUGUAUAUAUUAUUUCCAUUAAAGAACCACAAGAACA